UUUUGGCGGAAGUUGCGUCACAGCUGCUGCCUUAAAGCCGAGCCAGGCCAGAAAAACACAUCAGAAACUCUGGACCAGAUGUCCUGAAACCUGGAUCUUUGACCCGGACCACCGCCAGGUUUUAACCCGGGAUUCGAGCCUCAAACCCGGGUGUGUUUUUCCAAGAUGGCGGACGCCGAGGUGUCCCUCUCCCCCGCUCUUCUUCACCUAAGCCCCGCCCCCUCUGCCAUAAGCCCCGCCCCCGCUGUCCCCCCUCCCACCCCUGGCGCCUCCUCCUCCCCCACCACUUUCUCCUGCCCCUCCUCCCCCUCCAGUGCCUCCUCUUCCUCCUCCUCUUCAUCCUCCUCCUGUUGUUCUGAGAGCUCUUCUGACUGCCCUCACCACCAUCAUCAUCAUCACCUUCAUCACUCGCAGCGCCCCAAACUGCAGCCGCCUCCCCCCCCCCACAGCGAGCAGCCCUCCUCCCCCAGUGCUAGCCCACGUAGCUCCUCUCCUAGCGGUAGCAUCGGUAGCACAGGUAGCAUUGGGAGCAGCAGCGAGGGUAUCGGCAGCGAGUCGUCCAGAGGACAGACUCCUCCGUUAGACAUCAUCUCUGAGGACCACAUGGAGAUGGACCUGAGGGCGGACCAGGUGAUCGACCCUGAAGUGGCUCUGAAGGCCUGCCAGGAGGUCCUGCUCCAAGUGAAGCUGCUGAACAGAGAGGUGUGUGAGCAGCAACACGUGGACAACAAACAGGAACUGGAACAACAACAACAGGGCGAUCAUCAACAACAACAACAGCAACAGGACGAUCAUCAACAGGAAGAUCAUCAUCAUCAACAACAACAGGACGAUCAACAACAGCAACCACAACUACUGGACGAUCAACAACAGCAACCACACCAACAGGACGACGAUCAACAACAACAACAACAACAAGCAGAGAUCUCUGGUCCUCAGUGGGUCAUCAGCCCGGACACCAGCUCCAUCAAGGAGGAAGACGAGGAGGAAGUAGAAGAAGGUAGUUCUGUGAAAGAUGAAGUAAAACAAAAUGGCGUUUCUUCCCAGCGAGAUGCUCCUCCUCCUCCUCCUUCCUCUUCUUCUUCUUCAUCCUCUCGACCGGAGUCUUCCUCGCUGCUCGCUACCCCCUCUUCGUCCAAACAGUCGUGGCUGCUCCGCCUGUUCGAGUCCAAGCUGUUUGACGUCUCCAUGGCGAUCUCCUACCUGUAUAAGUCGAAAGAGCCGGGGGUGCAGGCGUACAUUGGGAACCGUCUGUUCAGCUUCACCGACAGCGAGGUGGACUUCUACCUCCCUCAGCUGCUCAACAUGUACGUGCACAUGGACACGGAGGUGGGGGACGCCAUCAGCCCCUACCUGAUCCACCGCUGUCGAGGAGGCAUCACCUUCUCCCUGCUGACGGCCUGGCUGCUGGGAGCGUAUUCCUCUGACAUGCACAUCUCCACCCAGCGUCACUCCAGAGGAAACAAGCUGCGGAAACUCAUCCUGUCCGACGAGCUGAAGCCCUCUAACCCUCCAGCUGACCCUCAGCGCGGGGGGUCUGUCUCCGGCAGCCCCUCUCCGUCUCAUCGCCGCUGCCACCGCCGCCACAACAGCAACAACAACGUGGACUCAGCGUCUCCGUUUCCCCCCCCAGAGAGUCCCGUUCUGGGGGAGGGCGAGAUGUUCGUCUCCCCCUCCAGGAAGACCCACCAGAGGUCAAAGUCUGAUGUGAACACAGCCAGCAGUGGGUUUGGAUCCGGCCUCAGGAGGACAGGAAGUAACCCCAGAGUGGAGGCCGUGCCGGAGGAGCUGGAGCGUCUUCGGCCUCAGAGAGAACUGGUGAAGUCUCUGCUGGGCAUCGGGAGGCGUUUGGCGACGCUGCCGACCAAAGAGCAGAAGACUCAGCGUCUGAUCUCUGAACUCUCGCUGCUGAACCACAAGCUGCCCGCUCGAGUCUGGAUGCCCACCGCUGAGAACCAGCAUCACGUCGUCAGGAUCCCAAACACCCAGGCUGUGGUGCUCAACUCCAAGGACAAGGCUCCCUACCUCAUCUACGUGGAGGUUCUGGAGUGCCAGAGCUAUGAAACGUCUCCGGUUCCGACCCGGAUCCCAGAGACCAGGAUCCGCUCGGCUCGAUCCGCGGAGAGCCUGGACUGCGGCGCCUCCGCGGCUAAUGCUAACGCUAACCUCAGCACGAUGACAUCAGAGCAUCGAGCCGGGAGCUUCUCCACCGUCCCGAAUUACGACAACGACGACGAGGCCUGGGCAACCGACGACAUCGGGCAGCUGCAGGUGGAGGUGGAGGCUCAGACCAGCAGCUCUGAUAACAUCAGUCAAUUUUCAGUGGACAGCAUCACGAGUCUGGAGAGCCGAGAGCCGGUGUUCAUCGCCGCCGGAGACAUCAGGCGGCGCCUCUCGGAGAACCUCGCCCAGACGCCCACUUCGUUCCGCAGAGAUCCUGAGGAUCCGUCUGCUGUCGCCCUGAAGGAACCCUGGGAGGAGAAAGUCAGUAGGAUCAGGGAGGGCUCUCCCUACGGUCACCUGCUGAACUGGAGGCUGCUCUCAGUGAUCGUGAAGUGUGGAGACGACCUGAGGCAGGAGCUGCUGGCCUAUCAGGUGCUGCGGCAGCUGCAGAGCAUCUGGCAGCAGGAGAGGGUUCCUCUGUGGAUCAAACCCUAUAAGAUCAUGGUGAUGUCAUCAGACAGCGGCAUGAUCGAACCGGUGCUCAACGCCGUGUCCCUGCACCAGGUGCGUAAGCAGAGCCAGCUGUCCCUGAUGGAUUACUUCCUGCAGGAACACGGCAGCUUCACGACUGAAGAGUUCCUGUCGGCUCAGAGGAACUUCGUCCAGAGCGUCGCUGGAUAUUCACUGAUCUGCUACCUGCUGCAGGUCAAAGACAGACACAACGGGAACAUCCUCCUGGACUCUGAAGGUCACAUCAUCCACAUCGACUUCGGCUUCAUCCUCUCCAGCUCGCCUCGAAACCUCGGCUUCGAAACGUCCGCCUUCAAACUCACCUCGGAGUUUGUGGACGUGAUGGGGGGUCUGGACGGAGACAUGUUCAUCUACUACAAGAUGCUGAUGCUGCAGGGUCUCAUUGCGGCUCGGAAACACAUGGAGAAGGUUCUGCAGAUCGUGGAGAUCAUGCAGCAGGGCUCUCACCUGGCGUGCUUCCACGGAUCCAGCACCAUCCGGGGUCUGAAGGAGCGUUUCCACAUGUCUCUGACGGAGGAGCAGCUGCAGGUUCUGGUGGAGCAGCUGGUGGACGGGUCCAUGAGGUCCAUCACCACCAAGCUGUACGACUCCUUCCAGUACGUCACCAACGGCAUCAUGUGACCUGUGACCUCUGAUCUGUGUGUGUGAGACUGUGUGUGUGAGAGACUGUGUGUGAGACUGUGUGUGUGUGUGUGAGACUGUGUGUGUUCUGGUGGACGGGUCCAUGAGGUCCAUCACCACCAAGCUCUACGACUCCUUCCAGUACGUCACCAACGGCAAUCGCUGAUCAUCUCGGUUUCAUCUCGUCCGUCUCAAGUCUUUAUUGUGACGACGAUCAGCUGAUUCGUUGUGUUGCGUUCAUGAGCAGCUGGGAGCGUCCGGGACUUUAAACAGGUUGUUUUUUUACAUCCUGUGAAAAUAUCCUACCUGGAAGCAUCAAGUUAAAUUAAAAAAAACUAAAAGACUUCUGUUGGGUUCCCCUCUGAAGCAGCACAUGUUCCAGACGCAUCAUCGAAGGGUUUAAAACAAGAGUUAUAAUUAAAUAAACUGAGCGGGGAACAUUAGAGCUGCUGAUCGGACUGAAACGCUCACUUCAGUUUCUUCUAAUUUGUGACGUUUUCUGACACUUUAAAGACCAAAUCAUAAAUUGUAAUGAAUCCUAAAUAUCAAACUCUCUCUAAAUAAAGAAGUGUGUUUGGGAGAGUUGUAAGAACCUGCGCAGAGAAGCUAACGUGUUCUCCGGUGUUCAGAGAGACUGAACGGUUUGAGAUGUUUCCGGAGAGUUUAUUUUGUGUUUAGUUUGAAUGUUUUCACCAGACAUUUAUCACGGCUGUUUCUGAACAAAUAAACCGGUUCCAGCUGGAAGAUGAUUCCAGUUCUUCACCGUUAUUUUUUGUGCAAACUUUAAGAACAUUGACUCAUCUAGCGUAAAAGUCACAUAGCGGUUCCAGCAUGCCGUUUGCUAAGUGUUAGCACGUAACCUUACUAACUGUGAGCAUGCAUGCUAACGUUGGUAUGCUAAAUGCCGCGCUGCAUGUAGGCUAAAGUGCUCCGGUGUUUGGCUCCAAUAGCGUGACUUUUAUACAUAUUUCUACAAACAUGAACAUCAUUUAAACUUUAGGAUUAGCCCACUGAUAUCUGUGGGAGACAUUCCAGCCUAAAAUAACUGAUAACGGCUAACAUGCUAACACUAGAGCUCUGUUGUUGUGGUUCUCUUUGUUAAACCAAACGCAUCCUUGUGAAUAGUUUGCUUCAUGUAAUGUUGAGAUUUAAUGGACCUAUACAUCUUUAUUUUAAUAAGAUUUAUGUACAGUGCUAACCGCUACCUUUCCUAAUGUUAUGACUCGAAAACCCUUUUGAAAACGUGACGAGUGUCUGGUGAAAAAUAGAGACGUGUACAUCAUCAGUUUAUCUGCAGGAUCGUCUCUGAUUAAUUUCUAUUUCUUUCCUCGUGGUCCGUGUUGAAUUUCAUGAGAAACUUCUGUGUAAAUUUGUUCCAUUCACGACUUGAUAAAAGAUGCUAACGCUAACACAACUCUACAGUGUUGAAAUAUAAAGUCAAAGUCAAAGAACAGUCCCGCACAUUUUAGAGCCAAAAUGGCUUCUGAAACGAUUCCUUUCAACAGAUUUAUGCAAGAACAUGUUCCUCUCCACUAACUGGAUAUCUGUGUAUAACUCUUGAGUUAAUGUGUUACAGUUACCUGUCUGUUAACGAUAUAUUUGCAUAUUUAACGAUGGCUGAUUAGCUGAUUAGAAACAUUCCUCCGGCUGAAGCAGAGACUCUGAUUUCUGUUUGACAGAACGUUUAUUUUUUCUUUAUGAGGAGACGCGUUUCCUGAAUAUGUGAAUGUUUUUUUAUAUAAUAACAAUCCACUAAACAAAUGUUUUUUCUCAGACUAAUGUGUUCUUAGUAUUGCUGAGCAACUUUAACACGUAUAUAAUGAAGUUGUAACUAAUGUUGGUGACACUAUUAAUGGCUUUAUUCCAGUCUAUCACACUUUAACAUAAAAACAGUUUUUUUUUUUUCUUUUGAUCAAAAGCUAGUUAGCGAGUCAAUGCUCUUGUACCCAACGUUUAGCUACAGUUGUAUUUACAGUUGAGGGAUGAUGAAAAACUUGUUCGCCAGCUAUUAAUGAGCUAGCUAGCAUGAACUAUUCUGCUAAGAGUUCUCCUUCUUCCGCUAACACUAGUACAUUGUAGAGAAAAAACUAAAAACAUACCUGGCUAGCAAACACUUUAGCUGAGUUCCUGUUUUAUUUCAUACAAGUGUUUAUGUUUUAUUAAUAAUGCUAACGGAGGCAGACAGACACUGGGACGGCUUAUGCUAGCUAACUAGCUUUGAACUAACUUGUACACGAGCAGUAACUAUAGUACAGUUUACAGCAGCAGUGUUACAAUAUAUAACUUUAUUAUCUGCGGACUGUUUUCACUACAACUAAACCUAAUUUGAAAUCACUAUACCACGACUGCUGCUUAUUGUUAGCCAUUAGCAUGACAGUGACUCAGCUUAAAUUGUUGCUAGCUUGUAAUAUUUUACCAUUUUUCUUCACAAUCAAAUGUUAUCUUUAUAAAUCUUUUUAAGCAAAUUCAUCUUAUGUUUUGUAGUGACAAACCUAACAAGCUAGUUGGCUAACGAACAAUUAACUGUUCAGUCUUUUUCUGUUAGCACUGUGGUGAAAAUUAGCAAAUUAUAAUCUUACCCAAUAAUUGUAAAGACACAAAUGCUGGAAUAAUGUCACUACCUGGUGUUACCAUCAUUAUUUUAUGUACAGUUGUUUUUGUGUGUGUUUUGACCACUAUUGAAGGAGAAGCACAUAUCUUUUAUUGUGAAACCAUGUUACCGUCUGCUAACCGUUAGCCCGCUACCCGUUAGCCGCUACUUUAUACACCACCGCGCUUUACAAAGAUGCAGCUGUGACUAAAGUUUACCAGAUAAGCAACUUAAAUAGCAACUACCCUCUCUCGUUCUGUUCCUUUGUGAAUAUGUAUGUAUGUAAAUUAACUGUUUAAUGUAAAAUGAGAUGCCUUGAGACGUACAGGAGGUACACAACUCUUAUCAAUGCAACCGGAGACGAAGUGCUUUUAUAUCUGACCGCUUCAGGGACGAGUUUUAACCUCUUCCUCAUCUGGACUAUUAUUAUUUAUAUUAACAGUAAUUAAAGUUUCUCUCUGAAAGCUUGACUGAUUUUUCUAAAUUCUAGUAGGCCUAUCUUUUUUCUUUGUUUUCCACCUUGACUAAAGGCACAUAAAGCCCAAAAUGCAUUUAAAUCAUAGACUGUAUAUAGAUUUAAAUACUAGCUCCUUUAAUGGUUGAGCUUCUGUACCGGAGAGGAAACCAGUUAAAACUUGUCUCUGUUUCUAAAAACCCUUCAUUGCCUUUUAUCUUCCUUUCAUCAGCUCGAAAACAUUCAAGAAUUUCAAUGUGAAAACUCUUUAAAGUGCAUUUAUCCUGAAUGAAAAUGUUUUCUGUUAUUUGUUUUUACCACUAAACCCAUUAAAGCAGCAUGGGGACUCCUCCAGCUCUCCUCUGAUUUAUAUCCUGUGAA